GCUGGACUUUGCCAAGGUUCCGCAGGCCUCGGUCGGUGGGUCGAAGACGAGCUUGGGGUCAACGGCAGGUCCGACUGGGACUGGCUCAACCAAUAACUCCACCUCGUCACAGCCAACCAAGACCGCCCCCAUCGCUGGGGGUGUCGUCGGUGGGGUGGCCGUUCUGGUGAUUUUGUUACUCCUGUUUCUAUUCCUUCGCAGGAAGCGGCAGGGUUCUCUUGAAUACACGAUCGAGGAGUUCCGAUACGCCCCGGCGACCCACGACAACAUGAAUCACGUAGGACCCGAUCCGUACCAGUCAUUCUAUCGAUCGGCUCUCGUUGGAUCGCACUCCCAGCACUCGCACUCCGCAUUUACGGAGACGGUCACAAGCAACCCCUGGCCUGCGUCUAAUGCCAGUCCCUCGCCGGCAGAGAGGGACGUCUCCCGAUGCGGGUUGUGCACCGUGGCCCACACUGGGGACCAUCCGAGCAGUGCCGGCCAAUCCUCAACUGCCUCUGCCUCCGUCCCCAAGGGCUGCUGGACCUCAAAGCACACCGCGGCAACGUCCGCUGGUACAGCCGGCCUCGGCGCCAGGGUCAACGGCAAAGGCAGGCCGGUGGUGCCGCUGCCCCCGAGUGCGCAUGCCCCGCUGCCGGCGGGCGCCUCGCGGAUGGUCGUGGAGGGGAGGGCGCAGGAUAUGGGCUCUCUGUCGCAUGGUUUGGGGCUUCUGCCACCGGAUUACACGCAGGCGACGGGGGCGUACUAUCCUCCAUGAUAUCCUUUUGUAGAUCACUAUUGGGCAUGCGAUCGAUACAGGUUUCCCGUCUCAUUGGAGGAUAUUGGGGAGUCGGAGAUGCAUCAAAAAUGCGUGUUGGUCGCACUCUGGCUCAGGUGCUAUCCUUGGCGUCGUGUUCUACCCGGCACUUGAACGAGACAAGGCUGUGUGUGUCUAUCUUCUGGGCUCUCUGCAAGAACGAUCUUUGAUCGUGAGAAUCGUGACCCGAACCACCCCAUGAAAUCCUGUUCCCAGCACAGAGAGCCAACGAGUAGCU